GACUCGUCCAGUUGAGUAAUGGUCAUUAAUACGAUCCACUGGUUCCGGAAGGGCUUGAGGCUCCACGACAACCCGUCGCUGAAAGACUCUCUGCUGGGAGCUGAUACCGUCCGCUGCGUUUACAUCCUCGACCCCUGGUUCGCUGGCUCUUCCAACGUUGGGAUCAACAGGUGGAGGUUCCUGCUGCAGAGUUUGGAGGAUUUGGACUCCAGCCUCCGGAAGCUCAACUCUCGUCUGUUUGUGAUCCGCGGCCAACCCACUGAUGUCUUUCCCAGACUUUUCAAGGAAUGGAACAUCACUCGGCUGUCUUAUGAGUAUGACUCUGAGCCUUUUGGGAAGGAGCGAGAUGCUGCCAUUAAGAAGCUCGCCUCUGAGGCUGGAGUGGAGGUGACAGUUCGCAUCUCCCACACACUCUAUGAUCUAGACAGGAUCAUAGAGUUAAAUGGCGGUCAGUCUCCCCUCACCUACAAGCGGUUCCAGACUCUGAUUAGUCGUAUGGAUCCGGUGGAGCUGCCAGCUGAGGCCAUAACAGCUGAGGUCAUGGGGAAAUGCGUAACGCCGCUGUCUGAAGAUCAUGAUGAGAAGUUCGGGGUUCCCUCUCUGGAGGAAUUGGGUUUUGACACUGAAGGUUUGUCUUCAGCUGUGUGGCCGGGAGGAGAAACUGAAGCUCUCACUCGGCUAGAGAGGCAUUUGGAGAGGAAGGCAUGGGUGGCUAACUUUGAGCGUCCCAGAAUGAACUCCAACUCGCUGCUGGCGAGUCCAACCGGCCUCAGCCCCUACCUUCGCUUCGGCUGCCUCUCCUGCCGCCUUUUCUACUUCAAACUUACAGACCUCUUCAGGAAGGUGAAGAAGAACAGCUCCCCUCCUCUGUCGCUUUACGGCCAGCUGCUGUGGCGCGAGUUCUUCUACACGGCGGCAACUAACAACCCCUGCUUCGACAAGAUGGAGAGCAACCCCAUCUGUGUUCAGAUCCCAUGGGACCGCAACCCAGAGGCGCUGGCUAAGUGGGCUGAAGGCCGGACUGGUUUCCCCUGGAUCGACGCCAUUAUGACCCAGCUGAGGCAGGAGGGCUGGAUCCACCACCUGGCCCGGCACGCCGUGGCCUGUUUCCUGACCAGAGGAGACCUGUGGAUCAGCUGGGAGGAGGGCAUGAAGGUGUUUGAGGAGCUGCUCCUGGAUGCAGACUGGAGCGUCAACGCAGGCAGCUGGAUGUGGCUUUCCUGCAGCUCCUUUUUCCAGCAGUUCUUCCACUGCUACUGUCCAGUGGGGUUCGGCCGGCGUACCGACCCCAACGGAGAUUACAUACGGCGCUACCUGCCCAUCCUCAGAGGGUUUCCAGCCAAGUACAUUUACGACCCAUGGAACGCUCCGGAGGCCGUGCAGAAAGCUGCCAAAUGCAUCAUCGGCGUACAUUAUCCGAAGCCCAUGGUGAAUCACGCUGAGGCCAGCUGCAUCAACAUCGAGCGAAUGAAGCAGAUCUACCAGCAGCUCUCCUGUUACAGAGGCUUCGGCCUUCUGGCUACAGUUCCAUCCAACUCCAACGGUAACGGCAACAAUGAGGCGUCCUCAGAUGGGAUGGCGUUCUCCAUCAAUCCUUCACCACAGGCUGCAUCUCCAGCAGCCUAUCAGCUGCCGGCCCAUUCACAGGGAGACUGGCAAAGUGGUAUGUUGAUGUACCUCCAGGGGGAUCCUCAGGGCAGCACACAUAAGCAGGUUCCCAGUUAUGCUCCCACUACCAGCAUGAUGUGUUACCCACAGAUCUCAAGUCCUGCACUGCAAAAAGGGCCUGAGCACUUUCCCGUCACACAUACCGGUGGGAAACGGCACAACGAGGACUCUGGCCACAGCAGAGGAUCGAAAGUCCAGAGGCAGAGCAACCAUUAA